UCAAGAUGAUUUUCCUUCCUCAGGUCUGGGUGCUGGCUUUCCUAUCACUGCGAGGGAUUUUUUCUCAGGUCCUAAUGGAACGUCUCAGCUUGGAGGAAGGUCAGAAUCUGGAUCUCCACUGCGUCAACAGCCAAGGCAACACCUCCGCUCUAGAGUGGAAAGAUCCCGGGGGCUUUGCGAUAUUUUUCAAAGAUUGGCAAGCCACAAGAGAUGGAAGGUACGAACUUCUGAAUUACUCCAACGAUUCCCUGUCUAUUCGUCUUUCCAAUGUAACAAGACACGAUGAGGGCCUAUUCACCUGUCUCUACUACAGCGAGAAUAUUGGAACCAAAGUAGUGAACGUUACAAAGCCAUUGAGGAACACAAUAAGCCACACAGAAGAAAAUAUAAUCUUAAAGUGUUCCACGGAAGACAGCUGGCCUGCCCCUCAGAUCACCUGGCUGCUACAGAACGGAAUGGAAAUCUUUGGAAACAGUCAACACCAGCUGGAAGCCAAGAGGUUCCAUUCCAUAAGCAACUUGGCCAUCUACACAUUCCCCCAGGGCUCUGUCGUUUCUUGUGUGAUACAUCACAAAGCCUUAGGAGGAAGAAAUUUAACUCUGACUUUGCACCUGGAUCAUGCCAAACAAAAACAGAGGACAGAAGGAACCUUUAGCAUUCCAACGUUGCCUCCAACCAAGGAAGCAGAAACACAAAGUUCUAAUGCUACCAAUGAAUCCAAUCCAACAUCCAACGUAACAGAAGGAAACCCAACCACACAAACAAUGUUCCCAAGUACAGAGAAAGAAGUUUGGGCAAACAAUCAAACAAACAUGACUUACAGAGGCUCUAUGGAGGAACAAGCCAACAUUUUGUUCCCGGGCCUUGUGUCCGUUCUCCUUCUUGCUCUCUUGAUCAUCGUCCUUCUCUUUGUGGUGAAGCUGUGGAAAGCACACAGGGACUGGAAAAAAGAAAAUAAUAAUGCUUCUGAACAACCCAUUGAGAGCUACAGGCCUAAAGCAAACGAAUCCCCUGGCAGGCUCGAGAAGAAUAUAUGCGUGAUCCCCUGGAGGAACAGCGAGAAAUAUACAAUUCAAAAAUCGUAUACCAGGACACCAAAACCUUCAGAAGGAAGUCAGGAUUCUUCAGUCUUCGAAAAAGAAUCGUCCCACUUUAGAGAAACGGAUAUGUAAACACUAAGUACAAUAUUGUGCCGUGUUUAACGGCAAGGAUCAUCUUCCCUUCCCAUUUUUCUUCCUGCACUGUCCUGUUCUGCAAAAAAAAAAAAAAAUCUCUUCAAAAAUCCAGAUUAUGGAGAGGAUUUCAGAUGAGAGCCUCCUAGACUAAGAUACAUUUUAGAACUAUAUUGCAAAUAAAGCAAUAACCAUACUAUAAAGACCCUUGAGAACUUG